CUCAUGCGUCAUAUGGAGAGCAAAUGAAGUUCUGUGAUCUAGGACAGAUACCUGUUGAGCAAGCCUUUACAGACACAACAAUGGACAAAGAUGCUAUUGCUGACUUUCUACAUUUUAAGACAAAGGUAAACCAGAACAUUUCAAAAUGUCUCGAACAAGCAGCAAGUAAGAGAGUGAACAGCACCAGAAGGAAGCAUGGCUAUUUCCAGAAAUAUUUUCUUGAGAGACAAAGAGAGAAAUGGAAAAGAAAAUAAAUUUACGAAUACCAAGAAAAUGGACUUUCUAGGUAGAUCUAAGAAGAAAGAUCUCUCGCCAUUGUCUUCAAGACCGAAUCAGAAAUUCCUACUCAAUUUACCACCAUUUUUGAGCAAAAGUAAGAUCGCUGAGAAGGAGGCUUUCUCUCCUGCAGAUGAUAGGAGAUAUUACUCGAGUAUUAGGUCUGCUAAGUAUUCACAACCCAAGGAGUUUUAUCUGAAUUCUUUCCUACACUGAAACCCAAAGUCAAUUAGGAAGGAAAGAAAGGUAGUUACGGGGAAGAAGUAUUUCAGAAUACAUCACCCAAGCAUGGAUAAUACCUUUAUCGGCCGUUCUUUAAAGUCAGAAGGGAAGGUCCCAAAAUUUUUGUCUGCGAAGAACUCAGUCUCGAGUGAUUAUCAAGAACCUGUGUUGCGAGUUCCUCGGCUUAGGCAUGUGCUUUAG